GCCAAUGAUCCGUGUUACUACGCUUUUAGUGAUUACUAUUACAAUUAUUGUCGGUAUCAUUAGUGACUUCAAAGUGUAAACAAUUAACGCUAAAGACUGCCAAGCUGUGCAGCUGGUGUUUGUUUUUAUAAACAUGGCAUGGCUGACAUUUCAGAUCACGAUAGGUCGGGUUUAAAAGUCGUAAUUAGUGAUGUGCACAUCCCGGGGAGACCUUCUAUUGGUCAUUUAGGAGUGUUUACGAAAACAAGAGAAAUUUCCUGUCGUCCAAAACACGUUCGUUCAGAGAGUCAACAACAAAGAUGGCCGCGCCUAACGUCAGACCAUGCAACGAAAAUACAAUUAUGUAUCUGCAUUGCAAUAUGACCUCAGCUAACCUUUUUUUCAGACAGACCAGGUUAAAGGUCUUCAAAAAGCAUUUAAAAACCCAUAUAUAGUUUAUUUUUUCUCAAGAAAAAGAAAACAUUCGCUCCCUUUCUACUUUGUUCUUGAGUUACAGACAUUACAAUACACUCAGGACCAGAGGUAAAAAUAAUCAACAACAGAGGAAUGUGCAGGAGGCUGCAUCCAGUGGGAAAGUUAGUGUCAGAUGCUGAGCAGGUUGACAUCUCGAGGGCGGCGCAUUCCUCACUAGACUUUGUGGAACCGUUUCUUGUACUGAGGUCAACCGAGGUCUCUGACAGUUGAAGUCCUGCAUUCUUCACGACCUUCCUGUCGAUCGGAAGUACAGACUGCACAUCGUGUCUGUGGAGAAACAGGAUUUCACACCAUCACCUAAACGCUGCUGGCAUGGAGGUGAUGCAGUUGUCGCAUCGGCUGCCAUUACAAGCGCCGGAAACGAUGCGACAGGAGGCGGCGAACACGAGCGAUGUCCACUACGUGACUGUAGUCGUGGGACCCGAGGAACACCGCCAUGAAAUAUUCACGACUCACAGCUCCAGCCCCGUCUUGUCUUCGAACAGCGAGCAGUCACGUGAUACACCGGCUGUGUGUCAUCCUACACGCACUGAACGCGGCUGUGACGCACGGGGGCGCGGGGGUUCCGGUGACAACGUUUCAUCCUGUUACGUCAUCGAUUGGCGCACCUUCGCGCCAUCUGUCACAUUAUCCCUUCUUGUCCUCCACCAGGGCAAAAGCAUUCCACUGCGUUAGACUUGGUUGCAUGCCACCUACUUUGGGAAAUGCACGCGCAUUCGCUGUUCAAUGGUCCUCACGAAAUGAUUGCAAAUACUGUUAAGGGAGAGAACCUUGUCGUCGUGUUGUCUCCACGCAACUCUCCGAUUGAUUCUGCUUUUGAAAACGCUUUUGUCGACACUGAUAUCAGGUUUAGGAGUAAAUGUCAUCAAUUAACAAAUAAAAAAAAUUUAAACUCGCAGGAAAAGGAUGACAAACACAAUGUAUUGAAAGCAAUUAAAGACGACUAUUAAACGUUGGACCUUUUGCAAUCAACCUGGGAGCUCGGAGUUGGCGAUGGAAGGUGCAGACAGAACUCAGAAGGUGGCGGAGGUGUUCACAUGUAAAGUGUUCACACAGAAAAUGUGAAAUUUCUCACUCGAUAUUUUUACUCUCCUCAUAUCUGGAGAAAUAAAACAUGACAACAAGGUUUGUUUCUAAAUGGAGAAACGUUCUACAAAAUUUUAUUCUGUCGAGAAAGAAGAUUCUAUUGGAGUACCUCUGGUGUUACUGUACUCAGUGAAAGAUCUUUUUUAAAAAAUUUCAGUUGCAACAAAAUAUUUGUUGAAAAAAAAAAUGAUGGUGACGUGCCUCGUCCAUAUCUCACGUCACAUCGCUAAGUCAUGUCACAAAGACCAGUGUAACAUGUCAUGAACGAUGUCGACACGUGAGAUCUUUCUCUGCAUGGUUUGCAUGUUCUCUGUCUCGCUGGCUGAGGAUGUAGACGAGUGUAAAGUAAUGCCACACCAUUGAAAACAACAUGGCGUCUUCUCAUCAUGGCUGCACAAAUGCGUCGUGUGUAGCCAUGGCAACGCUCUGCCCAAUGAAGGCGUUAGAAAUAUUCAUCCGAGUUCUGCAGUGGAAACAUUUUGCUUUGGUGUCAGAUUCGGAAGAACGUUUUCUGGAGAUCUCAGAGGUUUUAUCUCAGGCCUAUGUGGAAACACUCCUGUAUGUCGAGUCCAGCGGAAAGAUUCUAAUGAAGUGGCUGGAAUCCAAAUGUCCAACCAAGUUUUCCCACUCCAGUCACUCGAUCAACGUUGUUGUCAUGUGUUCAAGAAACUGCGUGACAAGGCUUUUUCAGGAGGCGGACGAGUUUAACGCACGAAAUAAGACUUGCGGAGUGUGGAUGGCAGGAAGAUGGCUAGUCUUCAUAGAGUCUGCUUGGUCACGUGACCCGUACAUCUGGUCUCUCAACACAGUCAUGAGCAAUGUCGCACUUUAUUUUGAGAGCAUCAUGGAGAAAUCCAAUUUCCGAUGUGUACGACCCAUCUACACGCUUUUGUGGAGGUCAAAGGGCAGGGAGCUGUCAGCGACUGCUUACCUAAGUGUCAAAGAAACCGGGGAAUUCUUUUUGUCUGGCACCAUCUUCGCCAACGAGAAAUAUGGUUUCAAUGGCCAACCACUCGUGUUCGCACUUAAGAAGUGGCUGUAUUACAUCUAUGAAGAUGUCACAAACGGAACUAAAGUGUGGAGCGGCCUUUACAUCGACAUCCUUGAUGAUCUUCGAGAACGCCUUAACUUCAGGAAGCUGACGUCAGCUGGGUUCCUUUUGAAGUGACCUCAGAGCGGUACCAACAAGUGGACUUCUCCUCCGCCACCCAUUACACAGCAACUUGCUUCGUGUACAAGCCUCCCGCCCUUGACGAGAGGUGGCGCCUGCUGUUCGCGCCCUUCACCUGGCAGGUGUACGCAUGCCUGAUGGCGUCCAUGGUUCUGAUAGUCUUCCUGCUGAUGGUCGUUAGGAGGACUACUCGUGCUCCACCCGAGCCAGUAGUAGUCACUCUUCAGCGUUGCGCCUUGGCAGUUCUCGGACUUGAUGGUGGCGAGGAAGACUUGCAGGUGGGUGCAGGUCGCAUCCUGACAGGCAGCUGGUUCCUGACUGCACUGGUGGUCAGCGCCGCCUACAGCGGGUCACUGGUGGCUGACCUCUCGGUCACACGUAGACAGACGCUGUUCCGUUCCCUGGAGGACGUGGUCAACCAGGACGAGUACAAGUGGGGUACCCUGGGCAACGCCAGCACCCACAUCAUGAUCAUGGUACGAAACAUUGUCACCUUUGUGCCCCACUCUCUACCCACAUCACGAGUAAAGUAAACCACUCAC